GAUAGGAAGGUUUAACACGUGUCGGGUCCGAUCCGCUAACGAGAGGGUUCAUUCGAGAAAAAAGUGGUUCCGUAGAUAAAAUGGCGGCGAAAAAUCGAAAGUGAACAUGUGUGUGCGACUCGAUGGACCAGUGGUGUAAAAUGCAAGAUAGCGAGUCCCUAUCGCCCAAAAGUACCACCAACCAGAUGUCCCCGUACCUAGGUUCCAAGUACGAGAGCCCCAUUUCGUCGCGGACGCCCAGUCCGGCCCUAGAGGGCCCCAAGUUCGUCUCGGACGACGAAAUCAGCGUGGGCUGCCCCAGCCCCGUGCGCUCGAGGGAGUCCAGUCCCGGAUACGUCGGCUGCAGGUGCCCGGACGCGGACCCGGACCCGGAGGAGUACUUCAAGCCCUUGAAGAAGCUCAAAAUGCUCGAAACGGAGCGCAGAAUCUCUCCGACGGUAGAAAUCGAGGAGCGGACGGACGGAGUCAAGAGCUUCUCCAUCGUGGAUAUCCUCAACCACAAGCCCUCCAAGGCGCAGAACGCGCGGAUCGUAAGGCCGUGGGACAUAGACCCUGAUGUUGAGGCACAGCAAAGGCUCGAAACGUUUCACAGGCAUCUCAAAGUGCAGCAGUUGGCGUUGUUGAGGCCGGAAUUCGCGACUUUUAAUGCGAGCUACACGUCGGAAACAGGAAGUGAUAGGUCCUCGAGUGUCGCGAGCGAUUGUUGUUCGCCGGAUAUUGUGCCAGCGGCGGCGCAGAGGCACAGACAACAGGGGAAGCAGCCGGGGGCGACGCCACUGGAUGCGCUCUUCCAGAUGACGUCGAAGACGUUUGAUUCGAGCUCAGGGGAGACUAGUGCUGACGGCCAGAACCACCUCAACCUCUUCAACAACCGGCAGCAACCCAAGAAGAAGCGGAAAUCGCGGACGGCCUUCACCAACCACCAGAUCUUCGAACUGGAGAAAAGGUUCCUCUACCAAAAAUACCUCAGUCCGGCCGAUCGGGACGAAAUCGCGUCCAGUCUGGGCCUGACCAACGCGCAAGUGAUCACGUGGUUCCAGAACCGACGGGCCAAGCUCAAGCGGGACAUGGAAGAACUGAAGAAGGACGUGGAAAGUGCGAAACUCCUCACCGCGCAUAAAAGUUUCCUCGAGAACGUGCAGGAUUUGGGCAUUUUGAAGAAAAAAGCGGUGAUUAGUGAGGACGACUGUCCGAAAAAUUUGGUCGUGACGUCGGAUAAGUAGUUGGUUAGUGUUUAGGGUAGCGGAACAUUGAUGACUGGUGAAACUGGUCGAGUGUAAAUAAUGUAAAUAGACUGAUUGUGUUUGUAAAAGUUGUAAGAUAUCAUGGUAAUGAUGUAAUUAGGUAAUUUAUUGAUUUUGCGUCUUUUCGACGGGUAUUUGCAAUAUUUUAAUAUACCUACUGUGUAUUAUAGAGAGCUUUAGUACUUACUUCGAUUGUCCUAGCGUCAAUGUGGAUGAAAAUAAAGUAUUCGAAACGUC